AUGUCGAAAUGGGGCUACUGUGGAACGGGAAUAGAUUAUUGCGGUGCUGGCUGUCUAGCUGGUCCAUGCUCAGGAGGUGGAGGUGGAGGUGGAGGUGGAGGUGGAGGUGGAGGUGGAGGUGGAGGUGGAGGUGGUCUUCCCUGUGUUGAUCCAAAAGAAUGUCGGUCGAAAUGGGGCUACUGUGGAAAGGGAAUAGAUUAUUGCGGUGCUGGUUGUCUAGCUGGUCCAUGCUCAGGAAGUGGAGGUGGAAGCACUGGAGGCGGUUCAGGUGGCACUUUUCAAGGAGAUGCUACACACUAUAGUGUUAGUGCUGGCUUUACGGCAUGUGGAACAAAGCACAGUGAUAAUGAAUAUGUCGCUGCAUUGAAUGCACCACAAUUUGAUCCAAAUACACCUAAUGGUAAUCCAAAUUUGAACAGCUUAUGUAACAAGUUAGCCAAGGUAACUGGUCCCAAAGGAACUGUCACAGUAAAAAUUGUUGAUAAAUGCCCUGGAUGUAAAUAUGGUGAUCUUGAUUUAUCAGAAGCUGCUUUCAGAGUCGCAAUUGGAGAUCUUGGCAUUGGUCGUGCAAGAAUUACAUGGAGCCGGCUUUAA